GGAACAAACUUCAACAUCAGCACGAAUAUUUUAAAAAAUGAAAGAAACGGAAGCGGCGGUGUCAACCGGGGAGGACUCUGUGGCAGCCACCUCCUCGCCGUCUCCUCCGCCGCCGCCGCCGCCGCCGUCGGCUGCCUCUAGGCCUCAGGCCGCCUCCCAGACGCGGCCAAUGGAGGCGCCGACGGGCCUGCACAGGCUGCGGGGCCCGUCGCCCAUCGUGUGGGCCAUGCGCACCCGCGUCGCCCCGCCGCCGCGGCUCGCCGAGCCGAUCCCCCGCCCAGUCUACCCUCCCCCUCCCCCGCCGCGGGCGCCGCUGCCGCCUCCGGCGGAGAAGAGGCGCCGCGGGCGCCCCCGCAAGGUCGCCUGCCUGCCGCCAACGCCGGGGCUCGGGCCGCCGCCGGGGUUCGCGCCCUCGCCGGCUGCGCGGCCGAAUCCGGCGCCGACCGCCCUCGGGCAAGGGGACUUGGGCGGGCUCCAGCCGCACGUGCUCACCAUUGCUGCGGGAGAGGAUAUCAUAUCAAGGGUCAUGGCGGUCUCACAGCUGAAUUCGAAGGCCAUCUGCAUUCUUUCAGCUCUUGGGUCUGUUAGGGAAGCAGUUCUACUCCAGCCAUCUGGUGUCAUUCUAAAUCACAAGGGUCCUUUAGAAAUCAUCCGGCUUUCUGGAUCCAUUUUGACAUCUAAUGACCAUCGAUCUCUGCGUAUUACCCUUGCUUCUGUCAAUAGUUUUGUGAUCAGUGGCAUUAUAGCUGGACCUCUCAUAGCUGAAACUCCUGUCCAGGCAAUUCUUGGAAGCUUUCACAACAGUGCAUUCUUGCCAAACAACACACCUAGGGCAGACAUUGCGUGUUAUCCUAACACGCAAGGUGCCAUCGCAAAUGGCAGCACUCUACCCAGUGAGCGUUCCAAUCCAGUAUAUGCUUCUCGUACUUCCAUGGAACAAAAUGAAUCAAGUGAGGUUGAUGUCAAGCCCUUUGUUGGACUGGUUAAUCUAAAUCCAGAAUAUGCAUCUCGUACUCCUGUGGUACAGCGUGAAUCAUAUCAGGCACUUCUCGGAAGCUUUCACAACAAUUUGUUCUCUCCAAACAACGCACCUAGGGCAGCCAUUCCGUGUUAUCCUAACACGCAAGGUGCCACCGGAAAUGGCAGCACUCUACCCAGUGAUCGCUCCAAGCCACAAUAUGCAUCUCGUACUUCCGUGGAGCAGAACGAAUCAGAUGAGGUUGAUGUCAAGCCCUUUGUUGGAUUGCUGAAUCCAAAUCCAGAAUAUGCAUCUCGUACCCCCGUGGAACGGAACGAAUCAAGCGAGAUUGAUGUCAAGCCCUUUGUCGGACUGGUUAUUCCGAAUCCAGAAUAUGCACCUCAUACCCCUAUGGAACGGAACGAAUCAAGCUAGAUUGAUGUCAAGCCCUUUGUCAGACUGGUUAAUCUGAAUCCAGAAUAUGCACCUCGUACUUCCGUGGAGCAGAACGAAUCAGAUGGGGUUGAUGCCAAGCCCUUUGUUGGAGUAGUUAAUCUGAAUCCAGAAUAUGCGUCGUUUACUUCAGCAGAACGGAAUGAAUCAAGCAAGAUCGAUGUCGAGCCCUCUGUUGGAGUGGCUUAACAACUUCGCGUCACUGUAUUUGAUUGAACUCAAUACUGUGAUACAUUUGCCUCUCAAGGUGGUACAGAAGCACAUGCAUUAGAUAGUUGCGCUUCUGUGACCACCGUGUAACUGAGUUUAGUCUUAGUUUUUCUCUUCUUCUGUUGAUAGAGUGAACAUUGUACUCUUGGUUCUUUCCUGUUGAUAACUAUGUUGGUCAGCUGCAUAUAGACUGAGUGGCACCAGUGCCUCUUUCGUCA